GGCAGAAAGGAAAGGAAAUACUAUUACAUAGCAGAAGCAAAGAAAAUACUAUUACUAGCUAAUGAGUAUGUAUCUGAAGCAGAAGCAGAUGAUAGUGGGUGUGGCAUUGGUGGUGUUCUUGUUGUUGAUUUCGGUGAAGGGACAAAGCAUAUGCAACGUAUCCUUACCAGAUUUAAUGACAUGCAAACCAGCGGUGACGCCUCCAAAUCCAACGCCACCCUCCCAACAGUGCUGUUCUGUACUCUCACAUGCAGACUUGCCCUGCCUUUGCUCUUACAAGAACUCCCCACUAUUGCCUUCUCUCGGAAUUGAUCCUAAGCUCGCCCUCCAACUCCCUGCCAAGUGCAACCUUCCUCAUCCUCCCAACUGCUAAUUAAUGCUUCUGCUUCCUACUUAAAUAAUAAUAAUCAUAGUUUCUAAUUA